UUCAGUCCUCCCCUGUAAUCAGGGACUGAUUUGAAACGGUCACACCAAGUGUAGAUCUCCGGACAAUCAGUGACAUUACUGGGCCAAAGGCUGUCAGGUGGAAGAGAAAAUCACUCCAGCAGUAGGCUACUGCUGACCUCGAGGGCCUGGUUUGGGUGUGCCUGGCUAACGCCAAUUGUUCAGCGCGAUGGUAAUACCGUGGCAACCAAACAUACAACGGUUAUGUCUGGCAGAGGGCAAUAUAAACCAACGUCGUUUAUUUUGUUUAUUUGUAACCGCUCUUUCAAGGUGAUGUCUGUAAAGAUGGAGACGGACGUCGGCGGCGUUUCCAGGGCCCCCAUGAUGGUCCUGCCGGCCGCUGAGCCACUCGCCGGGCUGAGGGCGGAGCCGGAGCGUCCGCGCUGCUCCAGCACCCCUUGCUCCCCCGUCCGGAGCGGGGUGGCGGGGUACCAGAUCGUCCACAUGGACUGCAACUACCUGGUGGGCUUCACCACGGGGGAGGAGCUUCUGAAACGGGCGCACAAGAGGCCGGGUGUCGAGAAGGCCGCGAGCACCGCCGCUACCGCCGCCGCCUCCGCCGUCUCCACGGCAACGCCGGAGGCCGCGCCCAACCCGCGCGCCAAACCCCUGGAGGCGGCGCUCCACCGGGCCUCCCGCGUCUACAGGACCAAGAGCCGCCACUACCAGCCUUACGACAUUCCCGCCGUGAGCGGUCACCGACGGCGACGGAGCGCGACCGGCGCGGGAGACCGCCAUCUCAGGCCGCCGCCGCCGGCGGGGGGGGCGGAGCCCGGCCGGGCCUUCCACGGCCCCCUGCCUCUCUGCCUGCUGCGGGGGAAGAGGCCCCACCCAAAGUCCCUGGACUACCUCAACCUGGACAAGAUGGCCGCCCUGGAGCCGGCAGACACCGAGGUGCUGCAGUACCAGCUCCAGCACCUCACGCUGCGGGGCGAUCGAAUGUACACCAGGAACAAGACCUGAGCCAUGGGGGGGCCACACCCGCCACCCCCGCCCCCCCCCACCCCCUCCUCCUCGCCUCCAAUCCCUACAACGCUGUUCUGCAGGAAGCCUGCUAGCUAUGCCUGGCCACGCCUGUUUCUCCCAGGAGACCAUAGACGGUUCUCCAGAAAAAUGGGUAGUCAUCCAAAAACUAAAAAAAAAAAGAAAAAUAGAAAAAAAAAGGCCCAGCAAUCUUGUAACUUGUGAACUUUUUACACUUUUAGGGGUCGCUUGUGCUCAAUGUUACACGGCCCACACUAGCACAAGGACAGAAUUGUUUAGUGAAAUGUCUGGUGUUUGAGGCGUGACUUGAAUCGGAAGAUGGGGGGUCAUUCAGGUUUAGCAAUAACUUAAGUAUCCUUAAUUAUUUAAGAGAAAAAUAUGUGUGUGAGAGAGUCUGUGUGUGUGUGUGUGCUGUCAAACCUGUUGAUGGAUGCUAUGAAAUUUGCUACAUUAUAUUUAUUUUCUGCCUUUAAUGCUACACAUAUCUGAGAGUAUUUACACUAAUGGUUCUAUGGGAAAAAUAAAACAAUAGCACACCUCUGCUAAACCAGAAAACACUAUACCACCCGUUCAUCUUUGUCCUGUUUGAAUGUCUGUAUCGGGUGAUUUUAUGUAAAAAGAAAUUAAAAAAUACAGACUGUUAACAGGAUUCUUUUAAACCUGAGUCUUUGGCUGGAUUUAUAGAGUUGCCCAGGGGUAAAUAAUUUCUCUCAAUUUUCAUCAAGUAAUGGUGUGAGAGAAUGGGAUCUGUUUCAGCCCUGGGUUUCUUCUUGUCAGUAUCCUCUGUGGAGAUUUUUUUUUCUUAAAAACAGUCCUGAUUUUGAGGGCGAAGCAAAGGAAAAAGAGGAAAUAGCAAUUUGAUUUUGAUAAAAUGUGUGAUGCGGGUGUGUGAUCUCUAAAUGACAUCGCCAUGGAAACCAAAGGAACACAUAUGACGGGAUCCUGAGAAGACUUGACAAGCUGUUUCUUUUUCUUUCGUGUUUUUAAGCCCCAGAACACAUGACAAUCAUCUUUGUAUGUAUAUAUGACUGCAUUAGGGAUGCACUGAAGACAACGUCGAGAAGUAGGCUGCUUAGAUUUCAAUUAUCUUUAAAAAAAAAAACAUUUAUUUACCCUUGAUUGACAUUUUUAUCCUGGCUACCCUCAAUCCUAAAUGUUUGCAUUUUUCUGUUGUUUUGUAGGGGUAAACCAAAUGUUACAAAAUGGUUGAAAACCAUUGUUGUAAAAAAAAAGUUGACUGUACCGUAUUGUUUAUGCUGUAUUUAAUUUGAAUAAAAAGAUGGUAACACGUGA